AUCAAGCAUCCUCCAUUUGUUCGUACCAACACGGCAACAACGACAAUUGUUUGUAGUUGCCGUCAUGCCCUGCACACUAAUUUAUUAUUAUUAUUAAAAAUUAAGAUUAAUAAUAAACCAAAGAGAAAGAAACAGACAGAACUAGAGAAGAGAAGAGUCAUUGUUUGGUUGCCAAGGAAAGCAUCUUCGGGAAACGAACAGAAUGAUGAUCGACUAAAUGGGACCUGCACUUCCACUUCCAUUCGCUGUGUUCAAAUGGGUUUAGCAACAACAAUCACCAACCAUUCUCAUUUGUCUUUUACUAUCUUCUUUCACUUCGGAUCAAAGUCUGCAUCACCAUCAUCUUUACCCUCACCUACACCACUUUCUUCUUCCUCCUCCUUAUUGCGCUUCUCACGGCGCUCUUCACGACCAUGAACCUCUGCCUCACACUCACUCUCACUCUCGGAUCUCAGUCGCAGAUCCACCUUCAGCUUUCACCAUCACUACUACUUAUUCGCUUUUUCUCAUGGACCCAUCUUCUUCUCGUCCAGCUGUAGUCAUCGACAAUGGCUCCGGGUAUACGAAGAUGGGGUUUGCUGGUAAUGUUGAGCCGUGUUUUAUUGCUCCGACAGUUGUUGCUGUUAAUGAGUCGUUUCUGAAUCAAUCGAGGGGCUCUUCUAAAGGCAGUUGGGUGGCCCAGCACAAUGCUGGGGUUAUGGCAGAUCUUGAUUUCUUCAUCGGGGAUGAGGCACUUUCCAAGUCUCGGUCUAGCAGCACUUACAAUCUCAGCUACCCGAUUCGGCAUGGCCAGGUUGAGAAUUGGGAUGCCAUGGAGCGCUUCUGGCAGCAGUGCAUUUUCAAUUAUUUGAGGUGUGAUCCGGAGGAUCACUAUUUCCUCUUGACCGAGAGCCCAUUGACCGCGCCCGAGAGUCGCGAGUAUACUGGGGAGAUCAUGUUUGAGACUUUUAAUGUGCCUGGACUUUACAUUGCUGUCAAUUCCGUGCUUGCUCUUGCAGCUGGAUACACGACGUCCAAGUGUGAGAUGACAGGAGUUGUAGUGGAUGUUGGAGAUGGAGCUACUCACAUUGUGCCUGUUGCAGACGGCUAUGUUAUUGGGAGUAGCAUCAAAUCGAUUCCUAUUGCCGGAAAAGAUAUUACUCUUUUUGUUCAGCAGCUUAUGCGGGAAAGAGGAGAAAAUGUACCACCGGAAGACUCUUUUGAAGUGGCACGGAAAGUGAAGGAAAUGUAUUGCUACACCUGCUCUGACAUUGUGAAGGAAUUUAAUAAGCAUGACAAAGAACCAGGCAAGUACAUCAAGCAUUGGAGAGGUAUUAAACCAAAGACGGGGGCACCAUAUUCAUGUGAUAUUGGCUAUGAGCGAUUUCUUGGCCCUGAGAUUUUCUUUAAUCCUGAGAUAUAUAGUAGUGACUUUACUACCCCUUUGCCAGUUGUAAUAGACAAAUGCAUUCAGUCUGCGCCAAUUGACACAAGGAGAUCACUAUACAAGAAUAUCGUGUUGUCUGGAGGUUCAACAAUGUUCAAGGAUUUUCACAGGAGGUUGCAACGUGAUCUUAAGAAAAUAGUGGAUGCCCGUGCCCUUUCAUCUGAAGCACGCAUAAAUGGGGAGAUAAAAUCACAGCCAGUGGAGGUAAAUGUACUCAGCCAUCCAAUCCAGAGAUUUGCAGUUUGGUUUGGAGGAUCAGUACUUGCAUCAACACCUGAAUUUUUUACGGCUUGUCAUACAAAGGCAGAAUAUGAGGAGUAUGGAGCUAGCAUUUGCCGUACAAAUCCGGUAUUCAAGGGGAUGUAUUAAAGCAACGACGAAUUAGUUGAUAGUGGAUACAGUUACUUGAUAAACAGUUGAAUGAAUAUCCGGUUAUUUUGAUCCUCAAUUCCCCUCCUGGUCUUUCUUCUCACCCGUAUUCGUGGUGGCAGGAGUGAGUGUAAAAUAUGUAUAUUCAGUGAAAAUAUGCAUUUGUUUUUAUUCCACCAGUUGCCAGCAGGUGCAGAUAGUACUUAAUGGUUAGAUAGAAAUUGAUCUUUGACUUGCAAUUUUUGGUGUUGAGCUUAGAGAUUGAUGAAGUUCUGUAUUUUUUGUCAUUCAGUGUUGGGACUGAUAAUUCCAUUAAGGACAGUUUCGGAGCAUGAGAAGGGAAAUAAGAUGAGAUAUACUAUCAUAUCCCAUCUUAAUUCAUGGUUUGGUGAGAUAAUAAGAUAUGAUAAAUUAAUCCUA